UUUGGAGAAAAGAAUACAAUUGAUUAAAACCCUAGCUCAAUCCGCUACCACGCACGUACGCAAUAGCUAGGGAGCGAUCGAACAUCGGAAUUAACAUGGAUCAGAUUCAUCAUAGUUCGUUGCACGCAAGAUGGGAUUUACCUCUCCCGGGGUCAGCCGCCGGCGAGCGAAGCGGUGAGGUGCGGGUGGAAACCCGCAUACGUAUGAAGCAAGGCGGCACCGAUGAUGAUCAUCAAUUCAAGCGGUUUGAGGCUCGCACUUCGCAGCCUGGGUUUACGUGCAUAAGCGCUUAUGUGGCCAUAGGCACGAUUGGGCGCCGCCGCGAACCCGGCAUAACGGUAUACAAAGCCGCUGUGGCUGAAACCACAAUCACAGAGUGGGAAUCAGGAAAUAGCUACCAAACAUCGGUGUCAAAGAGCCUGCAUCCUGUCAAGGUGGCUGAUAAUCCAAAAGCCAUCUCAAUCCUCAGGGAAGAAGUCAGAAGAAGCUAUGGCGUCAAAGGCAGUCACCCCAAUUUGUUGCAAGUCCGGGAUUCACUUACCGUCACCGCUUCUUAUGAUGGUACUAAGUGCUACGCUGUCGCCCCGAGGGAUGACUAUACGCAUGGAGCAUUCUCUGUCAGGAGCAUCGUGAGAAAACACGGAGGGUUUCAGGGCCGGGAGGAUCUCAUUCUCUGUGUGCUCAGAUCAAUUCUGAAUGCUCUCUGCUUCCUUCAUAAGCAGCGCAUCCCGCACGGAGAUAUCAGCGCCGGCCACGUUUAUCUCACACCCCAUCCGCCCUUACCUUUUCCCGACUCUUUCCUCAAAUUGGGUUUUGCUGCCACCCUUUUCCACGAGGACGACGAAUUUGCUGCCGGGACAAGCAACUCUGCUUUGUUACCCAUGCCUUCAAUCUCUCAGUGGGCUGCUGCACCAGAACUAGUCGCCUCCCAUACAAAUAAUUACGAACAGCCGUCUGAAAAGGCUGACAUUUGGCUGGUGGGAAUCACUGCCUUGGAGUUGGCAUAUGGCGCCGGCGGCCUCCAACUCCCGAACCGGAAUGCUCUGGAGGCCAUGGUUAAGGACAUACUUCACAACAACAAACUCCCGCCUACUACCAACGGCCGUCACAAACAAUUAACUAUUGAAACAGAGCAACAAGUCAUCAAAACAGAGCACACAAAUUUGUUGAAGCAUUAUGCCAAAAAGUUGGGCCGUCAAUGCUCCGCCAGCAGCAGCUCACCGUUUUCCUCAGCGUUCACCAGUAUGGUCAUUCAAUGCCUCGCAUGGGAUCCCCUAAAAAGGCCCACUGCUCAUAAGCUUUUGUCACAUAAAUUCUUCCAGAAGAAUUUUCCCGGAUAUGAAGACGAUGGCAAGUACUUCUACGAUCAUGUGGUGAUAAAUGAACAACCUUACAAUUCAUAAUACCAAGUAAUAUAAUACUCUGUAGUAAAGUUAGUCAUUGGUUGGAUAUUUGUGCUUGAAUAUUUUAUUAGUUCAUUCAUCAAUAAAAUUAUGAAUUCUUUUUAUAUUAAUUAUGUAUUGUCUUUAUGAAACUUGAACCUGUUUUACCCUUUGUGGAGAGCAUUCAGAAUUGCUCUGAGCUUUCCCUGCCUCAGUUACAGACUUACCGUCUCUUGGGUGCUA